AUGGCAUUGAUAGCCAAGCAAGUCUCGAGCUCAUGAUCAAGUCCACCACCACCGCCGCCGUCACUGUCGCCAAUCCAUCCAGCACCGGUCCGCCCUCUGCCCUGUGCCAAUGCCUCUGUUGGUAUUGGCAAUGCCCCCCCCCGCCAUCGCCCACCGUUUCCUCACUCUAUUUCAAUCGCUUUCCGCUCCGCUUGAUCGCCUCUAUCGCUUUCUCAAAUCUUUACUUGCGUUUGUUUCCCUCGCUCUCCCCCACUUUUUGGAUUAUCGGAUUGAAUCCAUCGUCGUGAGACAUCCGCAGACUUGCCUGGCGUCUGUCAUGCCCCUGAACCGUCCCCUGGUCUGAAUCUGGGAGAUUGAGGGCAGGAAUAUCGCGAGAUCCAGCCAUCC